AUGCCGGGGCUGUGCGGGCGCUUCCCCUCGCUGCUGCUGCGGCUGGCGGCCGCGCUGCUGCUCCAGGGGCGGCCGGUCCCCGCCGCCGCCACCAGCCCCGCCGAGCUGAGCCGCAGCCGCCCCGGGGCACCCUCCGCGGCUACUGCAGGAUCUGUGUUUAUGCUGAAAGUUCAAGUAAAUGACAUUAUCAGUCAUCAGUACCUACCCCAAGCAAUUGUAGAAGUGUUUGUUAACUACACAAAGACAAAUUCCACACUCACUGGAAACAAUGGAGUAGUAUUAAUAAAAGUUCCCUACAAGUUAGGUCUAAGUUUAACUAUUGCAUCUUACAAAGAGGGCUACAUGUUAACACCAUUGCCUUGGAAGACUGGGAGAAUGCCAAUAUACUCAUCUGUAACACUUUCACUGUUCCCACAAAGCCAAGCUAAUAUAUGGUUGUUUGAAGAUACAGUUUUAAUUACUGGAAAAUUGUCUGAUGCCAAAUCUCAACCAAGUGUUCAGUUUCCCAAAACUUUAAUUAAACUUCCUUUAAGCCACCAUAUUACAAACGUGACUGCCUAUUUGACAGUGCCACAGCAGUUUUUGAAAAUGGAUAAUUUUCUUUAUACAACAGGAAUUCUUCUAAAUAAAUCAGGUUUUAAAAGCAUUGAAUUGACCCCUCUUGCUGCAAUAUGUGUAAACCUCCUUUCAGCUGGGAAAGAAUUGAAAGUGACUGGUCCGAUUCAUAUUACGCUGCCUCUUCUACCAACAAGUAGGGUAAAAUCAGGAGAUGCUAUACCUGCAUGGACAUUUGACAUGAAAACUGGUGCUUGGGUAAGUCGUGGGCUGGGAAUGGUCAAGAAUGCAAAUGACCAUUUAGUAUGGACGUAUGUUGCUCCACACUUGGGAUACUGGAUAGCAGCUCCAGUGCCUGAAACCAGAGACUCUAUUAUUAGUGCAGUUUCCAAGGACAUAACAGCCUAUCACACAGUGUUCCUUACAGCCAUACUUGGAGGUACUAUAGUCAUUGUCAUUGGAUUCUUCACUGUUCUUCUCUGUUACUGCAGGGAUAAAUGUGGCCAAUCACAUAAGAGAGGAAAAAACACAACUAAACUGGAGGUCUUAAAAAAAGACCAGACAACAUCAACAACUCACAUAAAUCAUGUCAGUGCUGUGAAGGGGUCAGUAAAGCUAGAGGAUAAAUCACAAUCAUACAUGCCCAAGCUUUCCUCCUUUAGCCCUCACGGAAAGACUUCUAUGGAAACAGAGGACAAAAAAGCCUGGGACAAUUUUCAGAUCUACACAGAAAAUGUUUCAUAUCAAUCCAAUCAGAGUGGUCACACGAGGAAUUCAACUCAGCCCUUGGAGCCUAAUGCUGGAGUUAGACAAUUACAGCACUUUAACAGCAGUGUUUCUCAAUCUCCCAGGGACAUUCAAGACCAAAACAGAUAUCUUGCAGUGAACGAAGAGAUGUAUGGACUUUCCCAUAUCCCAGAACAACUAAUGCAUAUUUAUAGUCAGCCUGUUGCCAUCCUUCAAACUUCUGACGUAUUCCACUCUCCGGAGCAAUUACAUGCUGCUAAGUCAGCUACUUUGCCAAGAAAAGGGCAGGUAGUCUAUAGCCCAAUGAUGGAGCCCAUGAAUCGAGACAGCUAUACACAGACGUUGCCCAAAAUGCCAAUGCACUCUCCUCUCCAGCCCCCCACCUGCAGAGAUGAGAAAGCCACAUUAGAUGGUCAACAGGGCUUAUCCUCACAAACUUCAAACUGGGGUCGGUAUACUAAUAAUUUGCUGGAGUCUGUCUCUGUUCCUGGGACACUGAACGAAGCAGUUAUGACACCAUUUUCCUCUGAACUUCAAGGUAUUUCAGAGCAAACAUUAUUGGAGCUUUCUAAAGGAAAACCAUCCCCACACCCCAGAGCAUGGUUCGUGUCACUAGAUGGAAAGCCAGUCGCUCAAGUGAGGCACUCUUUUAUAGAUCUGAAAAAGGGCAGGAAAACACAAAGUAACGACACCAGCCUGGACUCUGGUGUGGACAUGAAUGAGCAUCAUCCCAGUCGAAAACUGGAGAGAGAGAAAACUUUCGUUAAAAGCAUGCAUCAUUCUAAGAUCCUUUAUUUGGAAGAUUUGGAUCUGAGUAGCAGCGAAAGUGGGACCACUGUUUGUAGCCCUGAUGAUCAGUCUGUGAGACACCUAUUGAAUGGAGGAAGUGGGCCGGUCAUAGAACAGCACACUGAAGAACCACCACAAAAAAAAAAUACAACAAAAGGUCAUGAAUCCAGUACUCCACCAGCUAAAAAAAGAGGUAGACCCCCUAUGGCUAAGAAAGAUAGUCAAACCAAUAUCUGGAAAAAGAGGGAGGAGAGACCACUGAUUCCUAUAAAUUGAAACACUGUGUGUUCAGUGUUUUUGCUUUUUCUAGCAGUUUGUGCAGUCUUUCCUCUUUGCUUCUUGUUAUAAAUUUGCAAUGUUGGAUUUAUAAGAAGCAGUCAAAAUGGUUUUCUAGUAUCAGGUAAAGUUACAUUUCUUAAUUUGCAGACCAAGGAUUAUGAUUUCAACGGAGCAUUGGAUAUAAAAUGUGAAUUUAUCACUGAGAAAUGCUAUUAUGGUUUGUUUAAAUUUUUCAUUCUUGGGGUACACCUCUGGGGGUGCAUAGUUAGAAAUUUAGUCACUUUUUUUUUUGUAGGCAUAGUUCUGGAUAGCGAUGUUAAAGUGUUUCCAAAAUGAUGUCCCUCACUGGAGUGACCAGCAGGCUAUUGUGUAGCAUUUACACAUAACUUUUACUGAUGUCCUGACCAUAGUAAUUCCUAUUUUGUAGAAAGUUUCACUACAUUAGUCUCAUUGUGUUCUUGGAAAUAAUCAGGGACUUGGUAUCUACUCCAGACACUUGUUAAAAGUCUGCAAAAAUCUUCCCUUUCAUGUGUUACUCGAUGCAUAUUGAGGCAAAUUUGGCUCUCUGUCAUAGGCUAUUGAGUUACUCCUGAUUCACAUGGGUGUAUUUAGGAUAAAACUUGAUGUCUAAUGAAAAUACCUUCAUAAACAUGGGCAAAUGGUACCUUUUGCAGAAAAGAUACUUUUAGAAGGGAUGACCUGUACUGGUGCAUUUAUUCACUUUUUAAAGUUUUUAAAAACAAAUAGUAAAUUUGAUCACAUUGGCUAAUGUGCCACUUUUUUUUUGCUAUUUUUGGUGGUAGGCCAUGCAGCACAGAGGUGUUAAAAACUGAUUGCUUAUUGUUUAGACUUCUGAGCAUAUGGAAGCUGAGCUCCAAACUUGGUCCACAGAACAACAGAGACACUUGAUUAUGAGUUAUUACUAAGUUAAACAGCUACCAAAAGUUGUGAAUGCAUGAAAUGUAACUAACAUAUGUAUAGAGGAAGGAAAUGUCUAUCAAAAUAUAUUUUUUGUUUUAAAUGGUCAUUUGUCAAAGUCAUAGAUUUAGCUUUGGCUAACAGAAAAGUAGACUCUCACACUUUUUAAUGUGCUUCACAUGAAAUAAAAUAUUUCCUGUGACCUUUAAGAUGUUUCUCUGAAGAAAUAAGUCACAGCAUUUUGGCUUUAGCAAUUUGAUUAUGAAGGAUGGCUUUAAAAAUUGUUAUAGUAGAAAAUCCCUUUAAAAAAAAAGCUUUUUAAUGUCUAUAUAGUAUAUAUGGUUAAAGUAACAACUAAAAUAUGUAUGCGCUCUGUGGACCUGGGCUGCAGUCAUCUUCACUCAGACGUUGAUAUCAUUGGGCGUUGAUAUCAUUCCUUCUUUUGCUAGAAGAAUUUGCAAACCAAACUGCAAACUAUACCAUGUUUCUGACUCUUCCUAGUAUGCCAUUGCUUCCUGAACAUAUGAAAUCCUUAUUGAUCCCAUGAGUAUAACAAUGAAAAACAAAAUAUUCAGAGAUAAAUAUUAAAUAUGGUAAGUAGAUUAUUGUCUGGGCAACAGAAAAGAUUACACAAGUCAUCUGCCUUACAGAUGAGUGUGGGUAUUUGCCAUGUUCGCCUGCCUUCAGUAAUGUGUUUUGAUUCAUGUAACUAAUUAUUCAUAUAAAAGUGUUUAUAACGUGUCCUUCAUCAAGUUCCACCCUCUGGAUGGAAUUUUUUUUCUCUGAUGGAUUCAUAAUAGUUAAAUAAUCAACAACACUUCAAACCAGAUAUACAUUUAAAAGACUAUUUGAAUAUCAAGCUUAUAAAUUAUUGUCACUGUCAGUGCUUUCAUUGUUGCACCAGUUCCGUUCAGUCCUUCAAAUACAGAUCCAAAGUUUCCAUUGCUACUAAUAUAAUGUCCUUGACAAGCUGUGUUACCCCCAAAAUCAGACUUGGGGCUUCUUCACAAUGGUUUGCCUAUUCCAGUAACUCGAUGGUCUGUUUUGGUAGGUAAAAGGAGGUGGCCCACCCUAGAGAAAUUGCCAGGGUUUUACCAUGGGUUCCCCUGUGAGCUUCAGGAAACUCCCCAGAACUAACUAACUUUGUUUACCCUUGGGAGGACAGAUACAGCCUUCCGCUCAAAGGAUUGACACUUAAGCAGUAAUCAUAGAAAACAAAAUAUUCUCUAUUUAAAGCACCAAUAUUCCUUAAUACAAUAGAUCUUAAAAGCAUAUAUUAAGAAACAGAAAUACAAAUUCUAUGAACACAAGUAUGUACAUUAAAGUACCCAAUACUAUAGUGUCAUAUAGUUGGAGGUGGCUUAACUGGUUUCAUUCUACAUAUGGUAAUCAAUCAGAUGUAGGAUGCUGACAGUAAUUUUAGUCAAAUACUGUACUUUGUACAUAAUAACAAACAUACAUAUAUAGACAUCCCACUUUAUCUCAAGAGGAUUUGAAGAGCAAUAACUGUGUUGGGGACUGUCAAGGUAUUAUUCCCACUUUGAACUUUAGCGUCCAGAAAGUGGG